AUUUUAGACGCGUUUUAUUAUUUGGCAAACUAGCCACAGCAUUAUUAUGACUAUAGAAAACAUGCUGGACUCCACUCUUGAAUAGUCAAUCGUCUAUAUUGCCGAUAUACUAGUCUAGGACAGCUGUGUUAUAACGUGUUAUUAUAACGUGACAGACAGAUUGCGUUGUAAGUGCUGUUGUCUUUUCACCGGUGUCUGCAAGGUGUAGCUGCUUGCUAACUAGCUAACGUUACUAGCUAGCUAGCCAUCUGUUUUCAGAGUAGCGAGACAACCAUCAUAAUUCUAGAAACGUAUGAAAUUACCUGUUGGCAGAUGUUUUUCAAUUUAAUAUACCUUUAGGGCAACAGAUCGCAUUCUCUCAAUGGGUGGAAAGAAGAAGAAAUCAGCCACUGUCCCAACAGUCCCACCGGCAGCAGCAGGAGGCAAUGUUCCUGCUGCUGGAAACGGCGUGGCUGACCCUGCUACUAAUGGGAAAAAGCAGAAGCCAACUCCUGCAAAAGCUGCUGUGAAAGAAAACAAACCAAAGGGUAUGUUACUCAUAUAAAGUAAGGUCUAGUUAGCUAGCUAGGUCUGAGCAGAGCUAGGUCUCAGAAGGCUGUGGCUGUUGUUAUGAGUCAGAAAAACCCUGGUAGGUAAUAAUAGCCUACAAUACACCUUCUGACACCUUCCUUGACUAUUUUGACAGGUCCAAAGACCUACAGCCUCACAAACACAGCACAAGUGGACACAGGAGGAGUCGCUGACAAGUCUAUUCUCAAAGUAAGUGUGCAGAAUAGACUGUUGUAUGUGUCUGAUGUUUAACCCUGUUAUUAGCCUACUACUUUAUAAACAUUUUCUUAAAUGUUUUACUUCUGUUACAGGUUGUCAUUCAAGCAGACUUGGAGAAGAAGAUCAUCAAACUGAUCAAUGAUUUCAGACAAGAGAAUGGAGACAAAGGGCCGAUAUCAGGAAGACUCACCAACAAGAAAUUGCUGGUAAAGAACAUAAUGUGUCACAGUAACAAACAAACCUUGAUUCUCAUGUCUGUCGUAUGUCUUUUGUUAAUCUAUUCUAAUGUCAUAUGCUUUGUGUUACACUGUCAUGAUAUAGCCUGUGAUUGUGUUUUACAGGAUCUCUACUUAGCUCUGCAGAAGUUCAAGUUUAAGACGGAGCACAUUGAGGAAGCCAUGAAAAUCAGUGUGUUGUAUGGAGGAGACCUGCACUCUGCCCUCGACUGGCUUUGCCUGAACCUGAAAGAUGGUACUUUUACUUAGAUGUUCAAAUUGUCUGGGUUUUUUUUACCCUCUUAUCGCAACAAACUUCUAUACUGAUCCUCUGACUGACUCGUUUUACUCUAGCUUUCUUUGAUUCCCUCCUCCUCCUCUCCUCCAGAGGAGCUGCCAGCAGGUUUCAGUCAGAGGAUGCAGGAAGAGAACCAUGAGACCAAGCCCAAGUUCCAGCCUGCACCCCAAGCACCCCAACCUGAGUCUCCCAAAGAGACGAAGAAAGAGCCGGCAAAGGUGGGGAAAAUAUAGCCUUGAUCCACCCUUUCCUUUGUGUUGCUUAGAGUAUGCGGAGCGAAUGCAACAUUUCAGUCUGGCAACGUAAGAUUAUAGGAAACAUUUUUACACAUUCUGAGUCUGUGAGUCAAUAAAUUAUCCCUGUGAGUUCAUCAGUCAUCUCCAUGGUGAUCUCCAUGUUGACAGGUGCCUGUGAAGGAUGAGGGGGCCAGUAUGAAGGAGUGGAUCCUUAGAUACGCAGAGCAGUCCAGUGAGGAGAGCAGCGAAGAAGAGGAGGAGCAGAGUGGGAAGAAGACACGGAACCCAGAACUGGAUGAGAAGUUUGAUCCGGUAAGCUGAACUCAGCAAUCAUGUCACACACUCACCUGUUACACUGACAUGUACUGUAUAAAUGAUGACGCUCUAAUCUGGUCUUACUUUUCUGAUAGCCUGGGUGCCAGUCUGUUUCUGCUCUCUUGCUAACUCCUUAUGGAAUGUUUAGCAUGACAAUUCCAUAAGGACUGGCACCCAGGCUACUUUUCCAAAAGUUCUAGGGAUCUAUAGUACUACUGGGUACUAAUACUACUUGAUGGGUAGUACUGUUUCUUUCACUCUGGUUGUGUCAUUGACUUGUGAUCUUGUGUUGUUGUGUAGAACGACAGGUACCUGGUGCUCACUGCACAGCUGUACGAUGCUAAGGAGAUGGCUGCUACAGCCAAGGCCAAGAAGGACAAAGGAGGUCAGAGGACUGCACAGGACAGAAUCAGGGUCAUACAGCAAGGUGUGUCUGGGUCCUCCAUGGUCAACUGAACACUCACAGUAUCUAUAUCAGGGAUGGGCAACUUUGAUAGUGGUGGGGGCCACAAAAAAUCGGAACACAUCAUGAGGGGCCGCAGUGGCUCGCGGGUCUGUGUACCACAUCCAUACCCACACAUGGCGUCAGAGCCAGCCCUAGCCUUUUGGGGGCCCAAAGCAAAAUGUUGUUGCCCCCCCCAAAAAGAGAAAAAUGGUUGCCAUUUUCAAGCAAGUUUGCUGCAAUUCUACACAUUUAGCCAUUGGGCAGAAAGAAGAUUUUGCUAUUUUAUAACUAAUUUCAUGCAAUUCUACUAAUUUUGCCAUGGUGCGUAGAGAAGAAUUAGCAGUUUUACAGCUACUUUCCUGCAAUUGUACACAUUUUGCCAUAGGGUGGAGAGAAAUUAUAUCUGAGUGAGAGUGAUUAACAAAAUCAAUGGGGGGGCCACCCGGUCGGUAAUUCCACCAUGAUGACAACACGUUUAGAUAGUCUAGCGGCCAGACUAACUUACCAAUCUAAAACUAUUUAGCUGCCAAUGGCUAAUUGAGUGACUGUCAGUAACUCAUGUUUCCAUCCAACUAUUUCAUUAUCUGACGCAUGAAAAAAGUCACGACCGGGCUGAUGGAAACGUGAAAUGCCGGUACAAUUUUAUAAAUGCCGACAGACAAUUUGUUCGUUCGACAAGGUGGGAUCUUUUUGUGUCUGUAAAAUUUAUUAUACGAGAAAUUACUGUAGAAACACCUUAUGAUAUAAUAACAAUAACCAUCAUAUGGAAGUAAACUUGGAGUCACGUGAUGAUAUAGUGUGUGGUCCUCCCACUACGACUCGUGAAACCAUGCAGUUUAUUAGGCUACAGAUGAAUAAGUUAUGAUGAACUUCACAGGGUGGUGAAUGUGCAAGGGGAGGAGCUUGAUGCUCCUUUGCAAUAAAUAUCGAGGGUCUUAUUCUGGUGACAUGAUGGUUGAUGCUUGGCUGCCGUUUGGAUUACUUUAUCCUAUCCCAGGUAUUCCUUAAAGAGGUGGGGUUUCAAGUGUCUCCGGAAGGUGGUGAAUGACUCCGCUGUCCUGGCGUCGUGAGGGAGCUUGUUCCACCAUUGGGGUGCCAGAGCAGCGAACAGUUUUGACUGGGCUGAGCGGGAACUGUGCUUCUGCAGAGGUAGGGGGGCCAGCAGGCCAGAGGUGGAUGAACGCAAUGCCCUCGUUUGGGUGUAGGGACUGAUCAGAGCCUGAAGGUACGGAGGUGCCGUUCCCCUCACAGCUCCGUAGGCAAGCACCAUGGUCUUGUAGCAGAUGCGAGCUUCAACUGGAAGCCAGUGGAGUGUGCGGAGGAGCGGGGUGACGUGAGAGAACUUGGGAAGGUUGAACACCAGACGGGCUGCGGCAUUCUGGAUGAGUUGUAGGGGUUUAAUGGCACAGGCAGGGAGACCAGCCAACAGCGAGUUGCAGUAAUCCAGACGGGAGAUGACAAGUGCCUGGAUUAGGACCUGUGCCGCUUCCUGUGUAAGGCAGGGUCGUACUCUCCGAAUGUUGUAGAGCAUGAACCUACAGGAUCGGGUCACCGCCUUGAUGUUAGCGGAGAACGACAGGGUGUUGUCCAGGGUCACGCGAAGGCUCUUCGCACUCUGGGAGGAGGACACAAUGGAGUUGUCAACCGUGAUGGCGAGAUCAUGGAACGGGCAGUCCUUCCCCGGGAGGAAGAGCAUCUCCGUCUUGCCAGGGUUCAGCUUGAGGUGGUGAUCCGUCAUCCAUACUGAUAUGUCUGCCAGACAUGCAGAGAUGCGAUUCGCCACCUGGUUAUCAGAAGGGGGGAAAGGAGAAGAUUAGUUGUGUGUCGUCUGCGUAGCAAUGAUAAGAGAGGCCAUGUGAGGAUAUGACAGAGCCAAGUGACUUGGUGUAUAGCGAGAAUAGGAGAGGGCUUAGAACUGAGUCCUGGGGGACACCAGUGGUGAGUGCACGUGGUGCGGAGAAAGCUUCUCGCCACGCCACUUGGUAGGAGCGACCGGUCAGGUAGGACGCAAUCCAAGAGUGAGCCGCGCCGGAGAUGCCCAGCUCGGAGAGGGUGGAGAGGAGGAUCUGAUGGUUCACAGUAUCAAAGGCAGCAGACAGGUCUAGAAGGACAAGAGCAGAGGAGAGAGAGUUAUGGAAAUGUAACGGCAAAAGUAAUGUUUAUGUGCACUACGUCAUCACGCACAGCCUUUUAUCCACAAAAAGUAUGUUUAAUUGAAACACAUCCCUGGUGGGAAAAUGCUCAUAUUGUUUUAUACAGAUUUUAGAAUAUUCACAUUAAAAUCUGUUGCAAACUGGAUGGAAACCUAGCUGCUGACUGAUAUAACAAGAGAGAAACUGGUGAUGCACAACCAGUUUUCGAAAUUGCACUUUGUGUAUUCUACUAUUCUAACUCUCAACAGUUCCAAUUUUUUUAUUUUUAUAAAUAUGUUUUGUUUUUGGAAAUGGAUCCGUGAGCGUACAUAAUGGGGGCCAUGGGCCGCUACCAGUUACCCAUCCCUGAUCUGCAUACAUUAUCUUUCAAACUAUUUACAGUAACACUGUUAUGUUCCGUAUUUGACCACAGAGCAUCCUUUUUGAUAAUAUUUGAUAGAAGUGUAUUGGUUUUAUUUUCACACCACAUAUUAAUGGUUAUGUUUCUAUUCACAUUUUAGAGAUGAAGCCACUAGAAUCCCAUCCUAUGUUCAACACAGUGAUAAAAGUUGUAGACACGCCCAAAGUCGAGGAGAAGAAACCACCUGCUCCAAAUGAGGGGAAGGAAGAACUAGCAUUCGGCCUGUUUGAACAAGCUGAAAAGGAAAAGACCCCUCCCACAGAGAAAAGUAAGAAUGGAUUGACCCAAACAUCUUUGUGUCAACCAGUGGAGGCUGCUGAGGGGAGGAUGACUCAUAAUAAUGGCUGGAACGGAGCAAAUGGAAUGGCAUCAAACACAUGGAAACCAUGGAAACCAUGUGUUUGAUGUUGUUGAUACCAUUCCAUUAAUUCCGCUCCAGCCAUUACCACGAGUCCGUCCUCCCCAGUUAAGGUGCCACCAACCUCCUGUGGUGUCAACUGAGUAUAUGAUGCACUGUCUCUAUACUCAUCCAAAACAAUCAUGCAUGGCAUUGGGGUAUGAGCAUACAAAUGCAUACUACGCUGUGUAGUAAAAUCCUACACAUUACAGUAUAACUGAGUGUGGUACUAAGGUUUCGUAUUAAAACAUCACAUUUAUUUCUGUCUCCUCAGCAGUGAAAAAGAAUGAGCCUAAAGACAUCCGUAACUUUGACUACACGGCUCGCAGCUGGACCGGCAAGUCCCCCAAACAGUUCCUGAUUGACUGGGUCAGGAAGAACCUCCCUAAGAGCCCUGCUCCUUCCUUCCAGAAGGUUGCUGCUGGGAGAUACUGGAAGUGCAGGUGAGUGAUUGGAUCCAAUCUCAGGAUCUCUGGCAUGUUGUUAAAGUAGUCAGCAGGCUUGUGAUCAAUGCCAUUUAAUUCAGUCAACUCUGCUAGUUCAUUGAGUUUUCAUUGAGUUGGAAUUUCAGUUUAUUUUACUGAAUUAGCUGCAUUCAAAUUAAAAUUGACCUCAACAUUGGUAGUCAGAGAAGCUGCACAUCCGUAUUCAACAAUUUGUUAUGCUCCUCCUGGCUUAGUGUUGGGAAGAUAGACAGUUGUAGCCUGGCUGACGUGACCCACAUGGUGCACAGCCAGGGAGAGCUGACACACUGGUCAGGACACAAGUCUGUUUUUAAUGCAGAAUUCACACACAGCCCCUGAGCCCCACCACCUAACCCUGAUACAACCACACACAGCCCCCGAGCGCUGCCCCCUUCCGUGAGGUCUCAACCCCCAGGAAAUAACAAAGUUUGAGAGAACCAAUCAGGGUUUGGGGCGGUGGCGCUCGGGGGCUGUGUGUGGUUGUCUAUGUGGGCGUUUGAGUAAGAAAGACACAGAGGAGAACCAACCAGUUAAAAAUCACAGCCCCUUCAUUAUCAUGCCUACAACAUCAAGGAGCCUUUCCAGGUGGUGAAGUCAGGAAGACUUGGAGUUUGGUGUCAGCCAGACUUAGACAGUGUAUGACGUGUUGUGAUUAAGUUUUGUCUUACAGUAAGACUGGUAUUGUUUCUCCCAGGGUUCGUGUUCAGAGACUGGAUGAUGUUUUGGAGGUUUGUCCCAAUAUCCUAACUGAGGAUGGCAUGCAGGCUCAGCACCUGGGUGCUACACUGGCCAUCUACAAUCUGUGUAAAGGACAGGUGAGUUCAUACUGUAUGUAACCUCAACUAGAGUCAGGUGUGUUUCUGAUGCUGUUUUACAUUCCAAUAACCAUAACCUAUGUCUGUCUGUCUCUCUCUCUCUCUCUCUCUCUCUCUCUCUCUCUCUCUCUCUCUCUCUCUCUCUCUCUCUCUCUCCCUCUCUCCCUCCCUCCCUCCAUCCCAGUCAGUCCAUAUGUUGAUCCCUCCCACGUACCGUGAGGUGUGGCUGGAGUGGCGGGACAGCGAGCAGGCAGAGGAGGAGGAGCUCCGCACGGCCAUCAACAAACCCCGAGACCAGUUCAUCGCCCGGCUGCUGACCCGGCUGAAGCAGCAGCAGCCCCAGAAGAAGUGUCCUUCUCCACAGCCAGGGCUGCAGGGGGCUGGGGACGAGCCCGAGGAUGACUGGGAGAGCCUGGCCAACCUGGAGGAAGAGGAGGACCCAGGGAAAACCAUUACCCCGAAGGAGAGAUGUGGUGGGGCUGCAGAGGCGGCGGCUCGGGCCCUUCUUCUGAAGCUCCGUGGUUCGGCACUGUCCCGGCGGUUACAGGUCUGUAAUGUUUUUAAUCUAUUUUUAAUCAGUUUUAAUGUCUUAUCAAUAGUUGUAAUAUUGUGGAGUGACACUUUACUAAAUGUUUCUAAACACUACAGACGGAAAGAGAGCAGCUCCCGGUGUUCCAGCACCGCGUGCGGGUCAUGGAGGCUCUGUGUCGCAACCGUGUGGUGGUGGUGGCAGGGGAGACGGGCAGCGGGAAGAGUACCCAGAUCCCCCAGUUUAUCCUGGAGGAGCUGCUGACUGGGGAAGCUGAGGCCCAGCCCUGUAACAUAGUGGUCACCCAGCCACGCAGGAUCUCUGCCAUGAGUCUGGCCAGCAGGGUGUCUCAGGAGCUGGGCUGUGACGACGGGCCUGGAGCCAAGGUUAGAGGGAAUGGCCGAUGGGCUGGUGGAAGUGGUUAGGUGGUUUGAGAUUGGAUUGAGGUUGACUACAGUAGGUUACAUGUAGGUGGGGGUGAUAAGCUGGUGGAUGUGGUUAAAGGGUUAUGUUAGGUGGUUAGGGGUUUAGGAUGUCUCAAAAAGGUUAGGUGUUGUGUAAGGGAAGAGUUGAAAGCAGAAUGCAACACAUUUGAUUAAGGUAUUUUCUAUUAUUUGUUUACAAUGUUGAUGUUUCAGUCGUCGCUGUGCGGGUACCAGAUCCGGAUGGAGAACAAGUCUUCGGACUCGACCCGUCUGCUGUACUGCACCACCGGGGUUCUCCUCAGGAAGCUGCAGCAGGACCACAUGCUCAGCUCUCUGACCCACAUCAUAGUGGACGAGGUAUUUCAUUUAUUUAUUUAUUUAUUUUAUUUUACCUCCUUUUUCUCUCCCCAAUUUCGAUCUUGUCUCAUCGCUGCAACUCCCCAACGGGCUCAGGAGGCGAAGGUCAAGUCAUGCGUCCUCCGAAACAUGACCCGCCAAACUGCGCUUCUUAACACCCGCCCGCUUAACCCAGAAGCCAGCCCCACCAAUGUGUCGCUAGAGCGAGAUGAGCCAAGUAAAGUCCCCCCGGCCAAACCCUCCCCUAUCCCGGACGACGCUGGGCCGGUUGUGAUACAGCCCGGGAUCGAACCCGGGUCUGUAGUGACGCUUCUAGCACUGUGAUGCAGUGCCUUAGACUGCUGUGCCACUCGGGAGGCCGGUAUUUCAUUUUUUAAGCUACUUUAUUAACCAGAGCUGAUAAAGCGUGAGAGGAGGGAGGAGAGAGAGAGAGAGGUGCCGCUCUAGCAGGCGGGGGAGGGGCCGUACUGUGAGCGAGUGACAUUGGGAGCGGGGAGGGAGAGACGAGAGACAGCAACCAAGCCGACUCUCGCUAUAGUAAACUAAUAGCUGCCAUAACUAGGUUAUUUAUCAUCCAAUAUGAUUACGUUGUACCUGUCUUGACUGCAUCAAACCAGGAGAAGCUAGUUAAGAUAGCUAACGUUAGCUAGCUGGGCUAAUUGAGGCUGCAGUGCAUGCGCUUUCUCAUCCUACAGUUACAAAUAACAUUAACUCCAUUCAGAAUAUUAAGUAGCAGCCUGCCUGUUGACUCUUGGUCGUUGUAGCCUAUCCUUUAACUUUUAAUUAUUCUAUUGUUUAGAUACACUACAAUGCCAAAAGUAUGUGGACACCUGCUCAUCGAACAUCUCAUUCCAAAAUAAUGGGCAUUAAUAUGGAGUUGGUCCCCCCUUUGCUGCUAUAACAGCCUCCACUCUUCUGGGAAGGCUUUCCACUAGAUGUUGGAACAUUGCUGCGGGGAUUUGCUUCCAUUCAGCCACAAGAGCAUUAGUGAGAUCGGGCACUGAUGUUGGGCGAUUAGGCCUGGCUCGCAGUCGGCGUUCCAAUUCAUCCCAAAGGUGUUCGAUGGGGUUGAGGUCAGGGCUCUGUGCAGGCCAGUCAAGUUCUUCCACACCGAUCUCGACAAACCAUUUCUGUAUGGGCCUCGCUUUGUGCACGGGGGCAUUGUCAUACUGAAACAGGAAAGGGCCUUCCCCAAACUGUUGCCACAAAGUUGGAAGCACAGAAUUGUCUAGAAUGUAUGUAGCGUUAAGAUUUCCCUUCACUGGAACUAAGGGGCCUAGCCCGAACCAUGAAAAACAGCCCCAGACCAUUAUUCCUCCUCCACCAAACUUUACAGUUGUCACUAUGCAUUGGGACAGGUAGCGUUCUCCUGGCAUCUGUCAAACCUAGAUUUGUCUGUCAGACUGCCAAAUGGUGAAGCAUGAUUAAUCACUCCAGACAACACAUUUCCACUGCUCCAGAGUCCAAUGGCGGCGAGCUUUACACCACUCCAGCCGACGCUUGGCAUUGCGCAUGGUGAUCUUAGGCUUGUGUGCGGCUGCUCGGCCAUGGAAACCCAUUUCAUGAAGCUCCUGAUGAACAGUUCUUGUGCUGACGUUGCUUCCAGAGGCAGUUUGGAACUCGGUAAUGAGUGUUGCAACCGAGGACAGACGAUCCUGUUCUGUGAGCUUGUGUGGCCUACCACUUCGCGGCUGAGCCGUAAUGGUUCCAAGGCAUUUACAGUUCACAAUAACAGCGCUUACAGUUGACCGUGGCAGCUCUAGCAGGGCAGAAAUGUGAUGAACCGACUUGUUGGAAAGGUGGCAUCCUAUGACGGUGCCACGUUGAAAGUCACUGAGCUCUUCAGUAAGGCCAUUCUACUGCCAAUGUUUGUCUAUGGAGAUUGCAUGGGGGUGUGCUUGAUUUUAUACAGCUGUCAGCAACGGGUGUGGAUGAAUAGCCGAAUCCACUAAUUUGAAGGGGUGUCCACAUACCUUUGUAUAUAUAGUGUAGUUCUCAUCAUUGACUGGCCAUGUAGGGUAUCUCCUAGCUUUUGCCACACACGGAGCGAGGCUCUAUGACUGUAACCUAUUGUCGCUUGAUGACUUAUGAUUGGCCAACAACAAGCUACACGCUCCACUCUCGUGAAAAGCAAGAGCAGCUGCAUUAAAAUGUCUCUCUGUCUCUCUCUCUACUGCAGCAGUCGCGUUUGGAUCUGUACGGGCCCUUCCGGACAAGUCCGUUAAAAUUACACAUACCUGAGACCCGUGACAAUCAUAUCAGAUCCGACCCAGACCCGUGACAUUACUUAGAAUUCUGGAUCCGGACCCGCUCGGGUCCCGGAUCGGGAGCAUUUGGGUACGGGUGGAUCCGUGAAGACCUCUAGUAUGGACACUACACUGAUAUCUGACCUCUUACACACUGCCCACUGUGCCCAGGGUUCGGUCAGACUCUCACACACACUUCAGUCUGUGCAUGUUUUAGAUCGACUACAUUGCAGCCAAACUGGGCAGAAUUACUGAUCUACAUAUUACCUUGCAUGCCAAAUAACCACUCAUUAUGUGAUCAAAAUAAACUUGCCUUGAAACACGCUGUCUGUCUCAUCCAUUCUAGGUCCAUGAACGCAGCGUCCAGUCUGAUUUCCUGCUGACCAUCCUGAAGGACGUGGUCCAGAAACGGUCCGACCUGCACCUGGUCAUGAUGAGCGCCACGGUCGACUGUGAUAAGUUUGCCGCCUACUUCAACCGCUGCCCUAUAGUCAACAUCCCUGGCAGAACCUUCCCUGUCGAGGUUAGAUGUCGGGAACUUUUCAUUUCCCAAUCGUUCACAAAUAUUAAAAUAUGAACUGUAUUUUCUGUUUAAAUUGAAUUUUCCAUCACAAGUCAAUUAUAUUUCUGUCCUAAUCGGUCUAAGUGCCAAAGAUGAUGUUAUUUGUAUCAUACUACUUGUUGUUGUCCUGAUAUAAAAUGUUAUUUCAGCACUCAAUGUAGCAUUGUUACAGUGCAUCUCUCAGAUGCUGUAUGGUGUUGUCCUGAUGUGUUCUGACCAUAGAAUUAAAAUGAAUAGAAAGGUCAAAAAUGUAAUAAUGGGUGGACUGCCGGCCAUUUUGAGUGUCCCCAUAGCAAUAAAGCAGAAAGUGUCAUUCUAUUUCUGUGGUUCUGAAAUGCUCUGUUGCUCCUCCAUUGUCAGGUGUUCCACCUGGAAGACAUAGUGGAGGAGACGGGCUAUGUUCUGGAGAAGGACUCUGAAUACAGCCAGAAGAUCCUUGAGGAGGAGGAGGAGGUCAACAUCAACUUCACGCAGAAAGGAGGGAAGAACAUGCAGCACCAGGUGAGAUGGGGUAUGACAGACAGGGGUGUGAUCUCUGGGAUAGAGGGGCCUUGUGAUAGUACCUACUUGCUGCAUUGGAUCUCAGGAUCAGAUUGAUUACUGACUUGUCUCUGAAAACACUGUAGAAGUGCCGUGUUAUUUCCUAAACUAUACUGAAUCAUUGAGCUGUGUGCUAUCCUAUUCUACACUACUGUAAAUGCCUCAGAUCUGAUCCAUGUUGUGCAUUACAGUGAACAGGAACCAAUACAUAACUCAUGGUGUUUUGUGUGUGUGUUCUCCAGGAGUUUAUAGUGAAAGACUCAGGCUCUGGCUGGGACCUGGGUCCUGACCUGGACCACUUCAGCAGCCGGACCCGCCACGCCCUGCAGUACAUGAACCCCAACAAGAUCAACAUGGAACUGGUCCUGGACCUGCUCGACUACCUGGGUAAAUAUACACCUCCUGGACAGAAUAGCGGGUUCAUUCAGCCCAGUGUGAGGACGUGGAGAGAGCUAUAGACUGGAUAGUUAAUCUCAUGUCUAUAUGUGGUUUAUGGUUGUUGUUUUAUAGUUGUUUUUAAUUAGGGCAAUUUAGAUUUAGAUUGAUUUGAUUGAUUGAUUGAUUGGUGUUGCGCCAACUGUAAUAUUUUUUCCCCUUCCCCCAGAUAAGUCUCCUCAGUUUGCAGUGGUGGAUGGAGCUGUUUUGGUGUUCCUCCCAGGUCUGGCCCACAUCCAACAGCUUUAUGACCUGCUCUCCACAGACAAGAGGUUCCGUGGCAAAGACAGGUGAGUUUAUAGUCUUUACUGACAAUGUCCUCCUGAGAAGAAUGCCAUCUUGAGUGCUAGCUAUUUAUAAAUUCAUUGUUGCGUUUAGUGGAAUACAUUAAUAGGUAUGUGUAGCCAAAAUCAGGUCAACAUGGUGGUAAACUAUUUUGUAGCAAAGGUUAUAGCUUUCAUAAAGAGAUUGGUUUAUGUCUCCCUAUUCAGGUACAAACUGGUAGCCCUGCACUCGACACUGUCAUCUAAGGACCAGGCUGCUGCAUUUACAGUGCCCCCUGCUGGAGUUAGGAAGGUGCUGGGGUUUCUUUCUUUAGUGCAGUGAUGAACUGAGAUACAUACUGCUGAAACAAUCAUUUUCAUUACCCUGUCUCUAUUUUAGAUUGUGCUGUCCACAAACAUAGCGGAAACUGGAGUCACCAUACCCGAUGUUGUGUUCGUUAUUGAUACCGGAAAGACCAAAGAAAACAAGUACCAUGAGAGUAGCCAAAUGAGUUCCCUGGUGGAGACGUUUGUCAGCAAGGCCAGUGCCCUCCAGAGGCAAGGCAGGGCAGGACGCGUGCGAGACGGCUUCUGCUUCCGCCUGUACCCCAAAUUCAGGUCAGCCUCUCCCUCUCAACCACAGAACAAGUUGCUGUCUACGGCACAAAUACCUCUACAGCCUUAUCUGAGGUCAGCAGCUACACACGUUACAACCUGAUUGUGAAUGUUCUUCUAUGUAACAGGUUUCAGGCAUUCAUGGAUUACGCCAUACCAGAGAUACUGAGGGUUCCCCUGGAGGAGCUGUGUCUUCAUAUUAUGGUACACUGACAAUUAUAAACUGGGUGGUUCAAGCCCUGAAUGCUGAUUGGCUGACAGCCGUGGUAUAUACCACGGGUGUGACAAAACAUUUAUUUUUACUGCUCAAAUUACGUUGGUAACCAGUUUAUAAUAGCAAUAAGGCACCUUGGGGGUUUGUGGUAUAUGGCCAAUAUACCACGGCUAAGGGCUGUAUCCAGGCACUCCGCGUUGCGCCUAAGAACAGCCCUUAGCCGUGGUGUAUUGGCCAUAUACCACAACCCCCCAAGGUGUCUUAUUACUUAAUUAUUCUUAGAUAAUCUUCAUACUAGAUACAGGAACAAUCUACUCACAGGGCUCUCAAUGUGACUUCCCUGGUUAAAUAAAGGACAAAAAGACAUCCCAACCACCCAACCCUAAUCUAUCUCCCCAACCGCCCUAAUCUCCCACCAUCCCAACCACCCUAACCUUCCCAACCACCCUAACCUUCCCAACCAUCCCAACCACCCUAACCUUCCCAACCACCCUAACCUUCCCAACCAUCCUAACCACCCUAACCUUCCCAACCAUCCCAACCACCCUAACCUGCCCAACCACCCUAACCUUCCUAACCACCAUAACCGUCCCAACACCACCACCCUAACCUCCCAACCACCCUAACCUUCCCAACCACCCUAACCGGCACCACCCAACACACCCGAACCUUCCCAACCACCCUAACCGGCAACGGCCCAACCACCCGAACCGGCCCAACCACCCGAACCGGCCGAACCACCCGAAGCGGCCCAACCAGCCCAACCACCCGAACCGGCCCAACCACCCGAACCGGCCGAACCACCCGAACCGGCCCAAACCACCCGAACCGGCCGAACCACCCGAACCGGCCCAACCACCCGAACCGGCCGAACCACCCGAACCGGCCCAACCACCCGAACCGGCCCAACCACCGAACCGGCCCAACCACCCGAACCGGCCCAACCAGCCCAACCACCCGAACCGGCCCAACCACCCGAAGGGGCCCAACCACCCGAACCGGCCCAAGCAGCCCAACCACCCAACCCGCCCAACCACCGAACCCGCCCAACCACCCGAACCACCCGAACCGGCCCAACCACCCGAACCGGCCCAACCACCCGAACCGGCCAACCACCCCAACCACCCGAAGGCGCCCAACCCCCGUCCGAACCAGCCCAACCACCCAACCGGCCCAACCACCCGAACCGGCCCAACCAGCCCAACCACCCGAACCGGCCCAACCACCCGAACCGGCCCAACCACCCAACCACCCGAAGCGGCCCAACCGGCCGAACCAGCCCAACCACCCGAACCGGCCCAACCACCCGAACCGGCCCAACCAGCCCAACCACCCGAACCGGCCCAACCACCCGAACCGGCCCAACCACGCCAACCACCCGAAGCGGCCCAACCACCCGAACACCCGAACGGCCCAACCAGCCCAACCACCCGAACCGGCCCAACCACCCGAACCGGCCCAACCACCCGAAGCGGCCCAACGACCCGAAGCGGCCCAACCACCCGAACCGGCCCAACCAGCCCAACCACCCGAACCGGCCCAACCACCCGAACCGGCCAACCACCGAACAGGCCCAACCACCCGAACCGGCCCAACCACCCUGAAGCGGCCCAACCACCCGAACCGGCCGAACCAGCCCAACCACCCGAACCGGCCCAACCACCCGAACCGGCCAACCAGCCCAACCACCCGAACCGGCCCAACCACCAGAACCGGCCCAAACCAGCCCAACCACCCGAACCGGCCCAAACCACCCGAAGCGGCCAACCCCCAACCACCCGAACCGCCCAACCAGCCCAACCACCCGAACCGGCCCAACCACCCGAACGGGCCCAACCAGCCCAACCACCCGAACCGGUCCCAACCACCCGAACCGGCCCAACCACCCAACCACCACCCUAACCUCCCAACCACCCCAACCACCGAAAGUCGCCCAACCACCCUGAACCUGCCGAACCACCCCCCAACCACCCCAACCACCCAACCGCCCAAACCAGCCAACCACCCGAACCUUCCCAACCACCCCAACCACCCUAACCUUCCCAACCAUCCCAACCACCCUAACCUUCCCAACCACCCUAACCUUCCCAACCACCCAACCACCCUAACCUUCCAACCACCCCAACCACCCUAACCUUCCCAACCACCCUAACCACCCUAACCUUCCCAACCACCCUAACCUUCCCAACCACCCUAACCUUCCCAACCACUCUAACCACCCCAACCACCCUAACCUUCCCAACCACCCUAACCACCACUGUUCUGUCUCUGUCCCCUCUACAGAAAUGUGAGUAUGGCUCUCCAGAGGAGUUCCUGUGUCGAGCCCUAGACGCGCCCCAGCCCCAGUCUGUGAGUAACGCUGUGUGCCUGCUCCGGAGGAUCGGGGCGUGUAUACCGGAGGGCCACGCCCUCACCCCGCUGGGUCACCAUCUCGCCACUCUGCCUGUCAACGUCAAGAUCGGCAAGAUGCUCAUCUUCGGCGCCAUCUUGGGCUGUCUGGACCCAAUCGUAAGUUACAGUCCAUGCGUGGUGUCAUACAUUUCUGAAUUAGCAUUGUAUUAUACUGUUGUAUUGUAUUAGCUGCUUGCAAAAUCAGCAGUCAACAAUGUGAUAUGGGACUCACCUAGUUAAAGCUAGAAUCCGUAAUUUAAACAAUAAAAAAGCAGCACCCCGCCUCUGUUUUGGUAAAAUGCUGAGGGAUGGGCCUGGAGAAAUGUAGCCACUCUCAAAUUCAUAGACAUGGCUAUGGAUGCAAGGACUGACCGUCCAUGAUAUCAAAAUGAUAGUUUUAACCAUGUUUUGAGGCUAUACCGUGUUUGUUUACGUUUUACAUUGUUUACAAACAUUGGAGUAAAACAAACUUAUAUUUUGGGUUCUGAUAGGGUGUGACAGCUCAUAAGGCAUUUAGUAGUUAUAUUCUUUGAGAAUCAAUGCAUAUAUAUAAUUAAUUUAUAAGUCCAAAAAUGGAUGUAGCAACUACGGAUUCCAGCUUUAAAGAAUACAUCUAAUUUUCUAAAUCCAUGAUGACUGAAUGUAAUUGUAUUGCAGGCGACUAUAGCAGCAGCGAUCUCGGAGAAGUCUCCCUUUGCCACGCCCAUGAACCAGAAGGAUCAGGCUAACCUGGCUAAAGCUACCCUGGCUGUAGCCAACUCAGAUCACCUGACUAUCUACAAUGCUUACCUGGGGUAGGUGCAUCUCUUUUCAAAAGUAUGAAUGACCAAAAUCUGAGAUGGCUAAUUCAGGGUCAUGUUCAGUUGGGCACAUGGCAGUGAUGGUAAAGAAAACAUGUUUCUUGGACAAGUUCACCUAUUACCUCUGUUUCAAUCUAUUUUCUUCCAUUUUGUGCCUAAUAAAUAAGACCCUGGACCCUGUUCUCUCUAAAGCAACUGUGACAUAGCCUAACCCUGAAUAUGUUGAUUGUUCCUGUGCACUUCUAAUGGCUCAGCCACCAUCUUGGUUCCUUUGUUUCUGUUCCCUAAUGGUAUUGUUCUGCUAACAGGUGGAAGAACAUACGCAGUGAGGGAUAUCGAGCCGAAAUGGCCUACUGCAGGAAACACUUCCUGAACCGCAACGCCCUCAUCACCAUAGAGGUAUUCUAUUCUCUAACUUGUGUCUGGUUCUCUCAUCUGGUAUGCUUUAACAGUGAGCGUCAGGGUUGGGGUCAAUUCCAUUUUAAUUUUGAAUUUCAGUUUAUGUCUUGAAUUGACUGAAUUGAAAUGUAAUUUACCCCAACCCUGGUGAGCAUGUCUAACUGCUAUACACAGUGACAGUAGUUAUAAGAGAUCAUGCGACAUUUACAGUGGUUAAUAAGGACAUUAAACCUGGAUCUCUUCCCCAUCAGGACAUCAAACAGGAGCUGAUGCGUAUGAUGGACCAGGCUGGAUUCUCUGGUUCCUCCAGGUCCGGUCGAGGACCACCUUCCCGGGAUCGGUCUGACCCCAGGGGUCCCCAGGCUCCCCUCACCCCCCUUGGUAAGCCUCAGAUCUGUGUCCUGAACGCGGUGCUGACAGCAGGACUGUAUGACAGUGUGGGGCGGAUCCUCUACACUCCCUCUGUGGACGUCCUGGACCGGGUGGCGUGCUCUGUGGAGACAGCCCAGGGGAAGGCCCAGGUCCACCCCUCCUCCGUCAACCGCUGCCUGCAGACACGCGGCUGGCUGCUCUUCCAGGAGAAGGUCAGUUGGUCCCAUUCAAUCUACCCAUCUGUAAUCUCUAUGGUGAGAUCGAUUACUCACUGGGUGUAGAAGAUUCCCUUAACUGGAGAUAUAGGAUCAAAUUCUCCCUACUUCUAAUCCUAACCAAGGGUGCGGCCAGGCCGGGGCAACCUCUAACUCCCAGGGAGGCCUAAAUAUAAUAAUUGACUGUGUUUUUUUAUACUAUUAAAAAAUACUAUUAAGUUCCUCAUGUUUUAACUUCCUCAUGUUUUAAUCAAAUUUUGACUCUCCCUCAGGUAAAAUACUCUAAGAUCUACCUGCGGGACACGACCCUGAUCUCUCCGUUCCCCAUGCUGCUGUUUGGAGGGGACAUCGACGUACAACACCGGGAGAGACUCAUCUCUCUGGACGGAUGGAUACACUUCCAGGUCAGAGUUCAUCUCUGGGUCAGCUGUAUUACAUGUUUAUUAUUAUGGAUGACUAGAGGGGUACAUCAGUGCUACAGCAGAGACACUGUGAUACACAAAGAGAAAGAAAAUCGAACUCUUGUUUCCCGGACCCAGAUUAAGUCUACUCCUGAACUAAAAUUACUUCUCAAUAGAGAAUCUCCAUUGUAAGUGCUCUUUAGUCCAAUACUUGUCUUAGGCUUGCAGUCCAAAUUCAAAGUAGACAGCCCUUGGCCCUACACCCUCAGCCCUUGAAUGAUGUUUUACAUCGUCACAUCCGAGUGUUCCUUAAAUGUCCCUUGCCCAAGUGAGGGAGCGUGAUGAUCGGAGAGGCAAUGUCCUUGGUGGAAAUCUUGAAAUUGAGUUGAAAAACAACCAACCUAAAGCUAUUAAUGUACCUAGUAAGCUAAUAUACAGUGAGGGAAAAAAGUAUUUGAUCCCCUGCUGAUUUUGUACGUUUGCCCAUUGACAAAGAAAUGCUCAGUCUAUAAUUUUAAUGGUAGGUUUAUUUGAACAGUGAGAGACAGAAUAACAACAAAGAAAUCCAGAAAAACGCAUGUCAAAAAUGUUAUAAAUUGAUUUGCAUUUUAAUGAGGGAAAUUAAGUAUUUGACCCCCUCUCAAUCAGAAAGAUUUCUGGCUCCCAGGUGUCUUUUAUACAGGUAACGAGCUGAGAUUAGGAGCACACUCUUAAAGGGAGUGCUCCUAAUCUCAGCUUUUUACCUGUAUAAAAGACACCUGUCCACAGAAGCAAUCAAUCAAUCAGAUUCCAAACUCUCCACCAUGGCCAAGACCAAAGAGCUCUCCAAGGAUGUCAGGGACAAGAUUGUAGACGUACACAAGGCUGGAAUGGGCUACAAGACCAUCGCCAAGCAGCUUGGUGAGAAGGUGACAACAGUUGGUGCGAUUAUUCGCAAAUGGAAGAAACACAAAAGACCUGUCAAUCUCCCUCGGCCUGGAGCUCCAUGCAAGAUCUCACCUCGUGGAGUUGCAAUGAUCAUGAGAACGGUGAGGAAUCAGCCCAGAACUACACGGGAGGGUCUUGUCAAUGAUAUCAAGGCAGCUGGGACCAUAGUCACCAAGAAAACCAUUGGUAACACACUACGCCGUGAAGGACUGAAAUCCUGCAGCGCCCGCAAGGUCCCCCUGCUCAAGAAAGCACAUAUACAGGCCCGUCUGAAGUUUGCCAAUGAACAUCUGAAUGAUUCAGAGGAGAACUGGGUAAAAGUGUUGUGGUCAGAUGAGACCAAAAUCGAGCUCUUUGGCAUCAACUCAACUCGCCGUGUUUGGAGGAGGAGGAAUGCUGCCUAUGACCCCAAGAACACCAUCCCCACCGUCAAACAUGGAGGUGGAAACAUUAUGCUUUGGGGGUGUUUUUCUGCUAAGGGGACAGGACAACUUCACCGCAUCAAAGGGACGAUGGACGGGGCCAUGUACCGUCAAAUCUUGGGUGAGAACCUCCUUCCCUCAGCCAGGGCAUUGAAAAUGGGUCGUGGAUGGGUAUUCCAGCAUGACAAUGACCCAAAACACACGGCCAAGGCAACAAAGGAGUGGCUCAAGAAGAAGCACAUUAAUGUCCUGGAGUGGCCAAGCCAGUCUCCAGACCUUAAUCCCAUAGAAAAUCUGUGGAGGGAGCUGAAGGUUCGAGUUGCCAAACGUCAGCCUCGAAACCUUAAUGACUUGGAGAAGAUCUGCAAAGAGGAGUGGGACAAAAUCCCUCCUGAGAUGUGUGCAAACCUGGUGGCCAACUACAAGAAACGUCUGACCUCUGUGAUUGCCAACAAGGGUUUUGCCACCAAGUACUAAGUCAUGUUUUGCAGAGGGGUCAAAUACUGAUUUCCCUCAUUAAAAUGCAAAUCAAUUUAUAGCAUUUUUGACAUGCGUUUUUUCUGGAUUUUGUUGUUGUUAUUCUGUCUCUCACUGUUCAAAUAAACCUACCAUUAAAAUUAUAGAUUUGAUCAUGUCUUUGUCAGUGGGCAAACGUACAAAAUCAGCAGGGGAUCAAAUACUUUUUUCCCUCACUGUAGCUAGCUAGCACUCCUGUCAGAUAGCUAGCUACAGUUACCCAUAGCUGGCUAGCUAGUAUUAUAGUAUACAUUUCAGAAUUCCAAAAAAGAUGUUUAGCUACGUUUUAUAGGGUCCUCACUACGAGACUAAGCCAAUUUGCCAACGGUAAAAUCAAUGUCAUCUAUGUAUUUUUUUUUGCACGCUAGCGUCAUAAUUUUGUCUCACAUGCCGAAAAAUGCAGCCAUGUUGAUUAAAUUUGACACUGUUCGCACGCACCGGAGUUUGACACGUGACUACAGUUUGCAUUGAAUUGUGGGUCAUAUCAACCACACAAGUGAUCAAAGUUCUUCGCUCGUGUUUGGAAAUUAAUGUGUUUGGACUGCAGCCUUAAUCUAGGUCCAGGAAACGGACCCGUGUAGUUGUGCAUACUGUCGCAAGCAAGGUUCUGUCUGAUCUCUGUUCCUCCCUGUCCUCCUCUCUCUCCCCACAGGCCCCAGUGAGGAUCGGAGUGAUCUUUAAACACCUGAGGAAGCUCAUAGACUCACUGCUGGAGAAGAAGCUGGAGAACCCACGGAUGAAUCUAGAAGGUAAUAUUCUACCCUUUCUCUGUCUUUUCCCCCUCCAUUUUCUCUUGUUUCCCUCUCUCAUUUUCUCUUUCCUUCUUCCUCAUCCUUCCAGUCUCCUCCUCCUAAGCCCCCUACAUGUUUGUGUUCAUGACAUUGUGCUCUGUGUUGUUUGAUUGUGGUAAAUGGUGUUGUUUACACACUUUUACAUAGAUGAGAAGACCAUCCAGUUGAUAAUAGAACUGAUCAAGAUGGAGAAUGUCUUCUGACCACUGUGACCUCUGACCUCUCGUUGGAGACCUCGGCUAUACGCGGUUGUCCCAGGACAGAUGGAUGGCCUAAAGAGGUGGUUGUACUGUAUAAUGACAUUUAAAUCAUGAAACAAAAUAGCAUAUUUCUUAUCUUUUAUCAAUGAUGAUUGUUGCCAAACAUAAAAUAAAGCUGUAUUUGGUGUUGAUGGCUAAUUAAUGUUUGAUAUCCGUUUUUAGGGAAAUAAACAUUUUAGGUUCAUUCAUAGCUCCUUCCCUCGGAAUGUAACAAACAUCCUUUGGUGAUUAGCAUGUCUUAGUUUUCUAAAAUAAAC